CCUCUUCUUGCUUUGUAAAUGGUUAACUAGCAUAUGGACAACAUAUCAUCAAACACGGCUGCAGAGACUAAAGUGAAGGUGUGAGAUUGAGAUGGAUACUGGCACCGACCCCUCCGGACCCAUAGUGUCCAAAGGUUCUGCCAGAUCGCCACAGACGACAGAUAUUACAACCAAAAGGGAAAGCAAUAAGGGUAAAGGCAAAAAGUCCACCCUUCAGGAAGCGAGAAGAAAAGGAAGAAUGGACAGAAGCAAAGGAGAAGAAGAGCUAAGCAAUCAGCUAAAAAACAUGGAUUUGCACAGCCAGACUAAAGCUGCAGGAACAGGUCUCGUUUCCUCAGACAUUUUCACCCAGUACCACUGCCUUUGGGAUACAAGCCACCCAGAAUGCCCGGAGAGAGUCACUACUGUGAUGGGCAUGGCUGAAAAGCAGGGCCUGCUUGCUCGCUGUGUGAGGGUCGAGCCAAGAGUUGCCACAGAGGAGGAGCUGUUGCUUGUUCACACAAAGGAAUAUAUUGAGCUCAUGAUGCGAACAGAGAAGAUGACGGAAGAGGAGCUGAAGUCUCUCGCUGACACCUACGACUCCAUCUACAUCCAUCCAAAUUCUUUGCAAUGUGCUACCUUGGCAGUGGGCGGCGUCCUGCAGCUUGUAGAUAAGGUGAUGACGUCAGAGCUCCAAAAUGGCUUCUCAAUUGCCAGGCCACCAGGUCACCAUGCCCAGGCUGACCAAAUGAACGGCUACUGCAUGUUCAAUAACCUGGCAGUAGCAGCACGCUAUGCUCAGAAGCAUCAUGGGGUGAAACGAGUCUUAAUUGUGGACUGGGAUGUGCAUCAUGGGCAAGGAAUCCAAUACAUUUUUCAAGAGGAUCCAAGUGUGCUGUACUUCUCCGUGCACCGGUAUGAGCAGGGGGCAUUCUGGCCUCACCUUAAGGACUCGGACAGCAGUGCAAUUGGCAGCGGUCCAGGAGAGGGCUACAAUAUCAACCUGCCCUGGAAUCAGACGGGAAUGAAAGAUGGAGACUACCUGACGGCGUUCCACCAGCUGCUCCUGCCUGUGGCCUAUGAGUUCCAGCCAGAUUUGGUGUUGGUGGCAGCAGGUUUUGAUUCUGUGGCAGGUGACCCCAAGGGAGAGAUGUCUGCCAGUCCUCAGUGUUUUGCUGUUCUUACUCACUUGCUAAAAGGUUUAGCUCAGGGUAGACUGGUGCUUGCCCUUGAGGGAGGAUAUAACUUGGAAUCAACGGCGAAGGGUGCCUGUGCCAGCCUGAAGUCGUUACUGGGGGAUUCCUGUCCCCGUCUCAGCACACCUGUGGUUCCGUGUACAAGUGCCCUGAAGUCCAUCUCCGAGACCAUCACCGCCCUUUAUCCAUACUGGACCUGCCUUCAAACAUUUGAGGGAGGUCCCCUACCACAGCAGGAUGAAGGAAACGAGGAGCAGCCAGAAAGCCAGCUCACUGGUCUGGUGUAUGACCAGAGGAUGAUGGAGCACCACAACAUGUGGGAUGGUCAUCACCCAGAACAGCCAAUGAGGAUCGCUCGCAUCUUCUCACGCCAUGAGAACCUGGGACUGGUUAGCCGAUGCCACAGCAUACCUGCUCGCCUGGCCUCGGAAGAAGAGCUGGCUCUCUGUCACAGCGAUGAGCACAUCCAGAAAAUCAAGGGCACGGAGGGCAUGAAGCCCCGAGACCUGCACCGUCUGGGAGGAGAGUACAACUCCAUCUACAUCAACAACGAGAGCUACAAGUGUGCUCGACUGGCCGCAGGGGCCUGCUUCAACGCAGCACAGGCUGUUCUCACCGGACAGGUGAGAAACGCUGCGGCCAUCGUUCGGCCUCCUGGUCACCACGCGGAGGCGGACAAGGCGUGCGGCUUCUGCUUCUUCAACACGGCAGCGCUGACCGCCCGCUACGCCCAGAGCCUCUCGCCCAGCCACAGACCGCUGCGCGUGCUCAUCCUGGACUGGGACGUCCACCACGGCAACGGCACCCAGCAUAUAUUCGAGAAGGACGACAGUGUGUUGUACAUCUCGCUACAUCGAUACGAGGAUGGCACGUUCUUCCCCAACUCUGAGGAUGCUGACUAUGACAAAGUUGGGGAAGGCAAAGGUCGCGGCUUCAACGUCAACAUUCCCUGGAACGGGGGGAAGAUGGGAGACUCGGAGUACCUGGCAGCCUUCCACCACAUUGUCAUGCCCAUCGCCAGGGAGUUUUGCCCAGACCUGGUGCUGGUGUCCGCAGGCUUUGAUGCUGCCCGGGGAGAUCCUUUAGGAGGCUACCAGGUGACCCCGGAGGGCUACGCCCACUUCACCCAUCAGCUCAUGACCUUGGCAGCCGGAAGAGUGAUCAUCAUCCUUGAGGGUGGCUAUAACCUGACCUCCAUCUCUGAGUCCAUGGCUAUGUGCACUAGCAUGCUACUGGGAGACCCUUCGCCACGGCUGCCGUCCCUGCCCCCUCCACAUCCCAACGCAGCCAUCAGCAUCAACAACGUCCUGCGUGCUCACGCCCCCUACUGGAGCUCUUUGAGAAUGCAAAUUCCCCAGUCCCUCCGGCUGUCUUUACCUUCACCUAAAACCAGAGGGAAGCGGACACCUGUCGGAAAAGACAAAAGGACCUCGAGGCAGUCGACUCCCGCCAAAAGCCCGGGGCAGGUGUUUUCACCAGAAGCAGCCUCCCCUGUGGCCCCGUCACCGGGCACUGACCAUGAACAGUCAGGCCUGGAGGACCUCACCAAGGGCCUGCUCUCGCUAGACCUGAACACAACUACCUCAGCCAAUAGCAGCCCGUCAUCUGUUCCUGUGGGAGGAGCUAGACGGAAGGUCAAGCCAAGUCCUCAAAAAGGAUCAGAUAUGAAGAAGGGAGCAUCGCCCCAGAACGUGACCUCAGACAACAUGGAGGAAGAGGACGAGGAGAGCAAAGACAGCCCACAGGGGGAUGCACAAAGCACAGAUGACAUGCAGACAGCUGCUGAAACAGGCACAGCGGCCACAGCAACAAGUGGUGACCAAGACAGUGUGGAACUGGAGGGAGCUUGCGGCACAUCAAAUAAUAUUUUUAUCAUCUGUGGAGGCGAAGACAUGGAUUCAGGUGCAGUGCAGCCUCUGACUUGGUGCCCCCAUCUGGAGGCACUGAAGCCGGUCCCCCCUACAGGCAUCAACAUCCAGCAGCCAUGUGACGAGUGUGGCUCAGAGGAGGAGAACUGGCUCUGUCUCCUCUGUUACAAGGUGCUCUGUGGCCGCUUCGUCAAUGAGCACAUGGUGAUGCAUGGCGUGGUCUCUGGCCAUCCCCUGGUGCUGAGUUUCGCUGAUCUCUCUGUGUGGUGCUACCCAUGCGAGGCCUACAUCGACAACAAGGCCCUGUAUGAAGCCAAGAACACGGUGCAUUUGGCCAAGUUUGGCCAGGACAUGCCCGUCCCCGCUGGCGAGAAGGUGGGAGACGGAGCCAGGCCGUGAGAAUGUCUGUGUGUGUGUGUCUGUGUCUGUGUCUGUGGAACAUGCCCUCUGGUGGCCUGGAGAAGUACUGUUGCCCUGAAGCAAUAUCAGCAGUCACCGGGCAGGCUGCGUCUGAAAUGUGCAGCUCCUUAACGAGACACAGAAGUGCCUCCAUCGUCUUCUGUCUUCUCUGCGAACCUCUCUGGUGCUACACACGUCAGUGUGUUGUCCAGGAAAGUCAAAUAAGCUGACCAUAGCUGAGUAUUUGAAUACAAAUGAUUUUUUUUCUACCAUUUUGAAUGAUCUUUUAUAAUACAGGGUUAUUCUGUCGUUUCCUCUUUUAUUUUUUUCUCCUCCUUUUUUGCUCAGUGCCAAAAGUGAGAUGAUAUUGACAUACUCUACUUGAGUAAUACAAACCAAAAGAACUUAAGGGCUGUUCACAACAAGAACGAUAACUAUAAUGAUGGCUAUUUAAAAAUAUUGUUCUCGUUAAUAUGAACGACUACGUUCACACAUAAACUAUAACAAUAGUGACAUGAAGAACGAUAUCGUUGUUGAUCACUUUCAGACCGAUUUUGAGAACGAUAAACAGCCAACAGCCAAUCAGAGCCUAUCACAUUCAUUACCACAAAGAGAAACUUCUGUCAGUGUGGACACUUUUAUGGUUAUGGUUAUCGUUCUUGGUGUGAAUGCCCCUUUAGUGGGAGGUUUUUGUGUUCCCCAGACUACUUUUGCACUCCUUUGCAUGUUUCUUAACUGUAAGCUUACUUUGCCUACAGUUAGGUAUAGUGUGGGAGUGCAAAAUGAUUUUAGGACAAAACAAAUUCCACCCUGGCCUUUUUUUUUUUAUCAGCUUUGUGCUAAAACAUUGCGAGCUGCUUUAGCUUUUCGUUGGAUUCUACUUCAUAUUUGACUAAAGUGUAUCAUCGAUUUCUGCAGCAGAAUCCUACUCCAUGUAUAAUAUAUUUAUCAAUAUUGUAUCACCUUCCCUCCUCCUUUUUUUUUAAUCCUUAUUUAAAAAAAAAUGUUUCAUACAGUAUGUUUGCCAUUAGACAUAGAAACAGAUCUCAAUCCAACAGAAAUCCAAUUUUGGGUAGAGAUUUUUUUGCUAUCGGUUUUAAGACAUAACAGAGCAAGUAAAGAUAUCAGUGAUGUAUUAAAGCUGCUGAUGCACCAUAACGUCAACCCACAUGGCACAUAAACUGACCGUAAUGUUACUGUAUGCAUGUACGUUCACUCACAUUCAGUUACAUUAAUCUUCUAAUGGGAUGGGUACUGCAGUUAGAUAGCGCUUCACAUGUGCAGAAUGAACACAGCUUUUUUUUUUUUUUUUAUCUUUGCACUGCAGUCAAGACAUUUGAGAUUUGUUUAUCUGGUUAUCAUCUGCGAUGUUUUUCUUAAUUGAGAAUAUCAUAUUGCAAAACAUGUUUCUCUUUGUGAUAAUCACUUUUUUAAAAAUCAAAGCCAAUUGAACACACACAAUGAAAUAGGCAUGGUGCCAUAAGAGGGUAGUUCACAUCACCAGCGGUGCACAUGUCACUUUUGGAUAGUGAUUUCCCGGCAAGUUGUAGGCUCUGUAGGAAGCACACAGUACACAACACAGUGAACAGUUGGACAAAAUGAAGGAAUUCCCACAUAACUGCAGUUGAUCUCUCCAUGCUCUCGAAUGUUAAACUGCUGCUACUACCUUGCAGAUGCUUCGCAAAAUAUUAAUAUUGUCCUUAUGUGACACAAACAGACACAUGCCACAUAAGAUAAUGACAUAUGAGUUAAAAUGUUAUACCAUUUUUUAAACCAAACUGUUUUGUUCAGGACCAUAUGAAAUAUUUCAGGCUUGAUCAAUUGAAUGAGUGAAAGACAGAACGAGGAAGAAAAUGUUGAAACAGAACUAGGAGCAAAGCUUUUGAAACAGUCGAUACAGAACUAGGAGCAAAGCUUUUGAAACAGUCGAUACAGAACUAGGAGCAAAGCUUUAGGAACAAAACUGACUCAACUAUUCUUGCACUGAAUGUAACAUCAAUUAGACACAGUUAUAUCACAUUAACUGUAUUGGAGUGCCUGUGCUCGAAGUAUUGUGAUGAUAAUUUCACAAAACUGCAUAAUUUCCCCGAAUAAUGAUGGGGACAUCACAGGUGUCUUUGGAUAAUUAGAUUUCAUGUUCAGGGCUGGGAGGCAGGAAGUAAUCAUAAUAACUAUAAUGGUUUAUAUAAUUUUAGACACAACCAACUGGUUUGCCUUUCCCUACAGUUCAGGUUUUGAAAACUUGUUUGACCUCUCAACAGGACUGAAGUCAUGGCAACAGAAUCUGUUUUUGCCUCAUUGAUGAUGUGGAGAUCAGUGAAUGCAAUGAGGCACGCGCUACCAGGCAACCACUUUUGAUCAUUAUGCUGUUGAUAAUGCCACUGCAGUUAGAUUUGGUUAGCAUCUAGGAGCCUGACUCUAUCAAGUAUUCAGCUUACUUGGGUUUUUGAUAUAAUUUAUAUUAUAACUUAAUAUAUAUUUUUUUCAUGAAGCAUGUCAACGUUAGCAGCAAUAGUAAGAAUGUCUAUGCAGAGCAUGGAAAUAUCGAUAUUUAAGAAUGCGUAUCCGAUUUAUCAUGAUGUGAGGGCGGUUCAAAUUCUCUUUAACAACACAGUGCAAUACUAUUAUAUCUUUUGACAUUGGUACCUUAGGACAGUUUGAAGUUGAAUUGUUGAAUUUGUAUUUAUCUUUUAUCAUCUCUCUGCACCUGACGCACAAGUUCAAUGCCAAUGUCUCUCUUCUCACCUGUAGCAAGUAAUUCCUGUAACUUAUUGUUUAUUCUCUGUAAACAUUCUCAUUAAAAUACAUCAUUUGUUGUGA